AUGUUAGAAGAUUUCGUCCAACGCACUAAACUUUACGAAUAUUGUAUGUUUAAACGUGACAUUUUUCAACAGGAGAUCGCAUCUGAUGACUAUUUCAAACCAGAUAAAACAUUCGGAAGUGGGUUCGGUGUAAAAGAUUUAUUCUUCGACUCCCCGAUAGUGCAUCCAAACUACUGGCAGGAGAAGCCAAAUAAAAAGCUAGUCAGCACUGAAGAUAACAAGCAAGAGUUGCCGAAGCUCGGCUACCACGGCAAGGACAAAUAUAAAUACGCGUUUCAUGAGCCGUGGAAGCCGUUAGAUCGGCUCGGUUUACUGGCGCAAGCCGAAAAGGACGAAACCGGCAAAUCCGCGGACCUAGACGUUCCCAAACAAAUCACUCCGUAA